AGAGAGUCAGGUGGCUCCGGGAUGCGCGGCCGCGGCGGCAGGCGGAGGCGGGCGGGGAGGAGGGGGAUGCGGCGGCCCGGCGGCACGCGCUGCCAGCCCUCACCCCUUCCCGCGCUGGGCUGAGGCGCUCCGGGCCGGGCCGCGGCGGCGGCACCUGCUGCCGGGCGGCGCCGGGCCGCAUGAACAAUAGGCGGCGGUACCGGCCCCGCCGCCCCCCGCAGCGCUCGGCUGCCGCGGGCGCCUCCCCCUAUGGAGCAACCUCGCCAUGGAGCCCCUCACAGCGCUCAGCCAGGAGGGCGCGGGCGGCGGGGAGCCGCCGGGCGGCGGGCCGCUCUGGACGGCCGUCUUCGAGUACGAGGCGUGCGGCGAGGACGAGCUGAGCCUGCGGCCGGGAGACGUGGUGCAGGUGCUGUCCCGGGACUCGCAGGUGUCCGGCGACGAGGGCUGGUGGACGGGGCAGAUCGACCAGCGCGUCGGCAUCUUCCCCAGCAACUACGUGAGCAGCGGCGUGCAGGGGGGCGGCCCGGAGCUGCGUGCCCGCUACCCGCCGCCUCCCGCCAUACAGCUCUUGGAGAUCGACUUCUCAGAACUUGUUCUGGAGGAAAUCAUUGGCAUAGGGGGCUUCGGAAAAGUAUAUCGAGCUGUGUGGAUAGGAGAUGAGGUUGCUGUCAAGGCAGCUCGCUAUGAUCCUGAUGAGGACAUCAGCCAGACCAUUGAGAAUGUCCGCCAAGAAGCCAAGCUCUUUGCAAUGUUAAAGCAUCCUAACAUCAUUGCCCUCAGGGGCGUGUGUUUGAAGGAACCUAAUCUUUGCUUGAUCAUGGAGUUUGCCCGUGGAGGAUCGUUAAAUAGAGUGUUGUCUGGUAAAAGGAUACCUCCUGACAUUUUAGUGAACUGGGCAGUACAAAUUGCAAAGGGAAUGAACUACUUGCACGAGGAAGCAAUUGUUCCUAUAAUUCACCGUGACCUGAAGUCCAGCAACAUACUGAUACUCGAAAAGGUGGAAAAUGGAGAUCUGAGCAACAAGAUAUUGAAGAUCACGGAUUUCGGCUUGGCCAGGGAAUGGCAUAAAACUACCAAAAUGAGUGCAGCUGGGACAUAUGCCUGGAUGGCUCCUGAGGUCAUCCGCUCCUCCAUGUUCUCCAAAGGCAGCGAUGUGUGGAGUUAUGGCGUGCUGCUUUGGGAGCUGCUAACAGGGGAAGUGCCGUUCCGAGGAAUUGAUGGUCUUGCAGUAGCCUAUGGUGUUGCCAUGAAUAAACUUGCUCUUCCAAUCCCUUCCACGUGUCCAGAGCCUUUUGCCAAACUAAUGGAAGAUUGUUGGAACCCUGACCCACACUCACGACCUUCCUUUGCCAGUAUCCUAGGCCAUCUCACCGCUAUAGAAGAGUCUGGUUUCUUUGAAAUGCCCAAAGAUUCCUUCCAUUCCCUUCAGGAAGACUGGAAACAAGAGAUCCAAGAGAUGUUUGAUCAGCUCAGAGCCAAAGAAAAGGAGCUUCGCACGUGGGAAGAAGAGCUGACUCGUGCUGCUGUUGAACAGAAGAACCAUGAGGAGUUGCUCCGAAGGCGGGAACAGGAGCUGGCAGAACGUGAGAUUGACAUUCUGGAAAGGGAGCUCAACAUCAUCAUCCACCAGCUGUGUCAGGAGAAGCCUCGUGUAAAGAAACGCAUGGGGAAGUUCAAGAAGAGUCGGCUCAAGUUGAAAGAUGGCAAUAAUAUCAGCCUGCCUUCAGAUUUCCAGCAUAAGUUCACUGUGCAGGCUUCUCCAACAAUGGAUAAAAGGAAGAGCUUGAUCAGUAGCUGCUCCAGCCCUCCUGCAAGUCCUACCAUUAUUCCCAGACUCAGGGCCAUACAGUUGACUCCUGCUGAAAGCAGUAAAACAUGGGGACGAAACUCAGUCCUUCCAAAGGAGGAAGGAGAGGAGGAAGAGAAGAGAGGCCAGAAGAAAAAAGGACGCACCUGGGGACCAAGCUCACUUUGUCACAAGGAGCUAGGUUCAGGAGAGGACGGUCUGAAAGCUUUGGUAGAAGGAUACAAACAGUGGUCAUCCAGUGCACCAAACCUAGGGAAGAUCCAGAGAACUGCGCCUGCUUUUCCAGGAUUCACCAGCUUAGCAGAGAUGGAUGAUGAAGACAGUGAAUGUCUUAAUGGGGAGGGCAAAGUGCACCCUUCACCUGGGCACAACCAGUCAUACCUCUGCAUCCCGUUUCAGAAGAAUGAUGACUGGGAUGGUCCUUCUAGUGAUGCCAAUGAUGAGUCCACUCCUGUGAACUCUGCUACGAGCACCCCACAGCUGACACCCACCAACAGCCUCAAACGUAGUGGCUCCCACCACAAGCGGUGUGAGGUUGCCUUGCUUGGCUGUGGAGCGGUUCUGGCUGCUGCAGGCUUGGGGUUCGAUCUGCUAGAAGCAGGGAAGUGUCAGCUACUGAUUGAAGAGGAGCCAGAGCCACCCAAGGAAGAGAAGAAAAAACGUGACAGCAUUUUCCAGCGAGCUGGACGCCCACGCAGGAGCACUAGUCCUCCUUCUCGAAAAAUCUUCAAGAAAGAUGAGCCCAUGUUGUUCCUUGGCGAGCCAUCCACAUCCCUCACCCUUCUUUCCCUGUCUUCCAUUUCCGAAUGUAAUUCCACCCGAUCCCUGCUGCGCUCAGACAGUGAUGAGAUUGUGGUAUAUGAAAUGCCUGUCAGCCCUGUGACAGUCAAGGCUCCCUUGCCAGCCAUUAAUAACCCACUAGUUAAUGUCCAGAUUGAGAGAUUCAAACAAGACCCCAACCAGUCCCUCACUCCCACACAUGUGACGGUCUCUUCCCAUACCCAGCAAGGCGGGCACAGGCGCACACCUUCUGAUGGGGCCAUCAAAGGGACUGGACUAGUUGUCAAUGGGUGCCCAACCAGUGGAUGCCCUUCCAGUAGCUGUUUAACUGGAGCACUGGGAGCAGGUGUAUUAAAAACACCUAGUCCAAGUAGAGAUCCAAAUGAGGUCCCUCGCCUGCCAGAUCCCAACCUUGUUUUUCCUCCAACCCCGAGACGAUGGAAUGCACAGCAGGACCCCACGCUGGAAAGACCCAAGACACUGGAGUUCCUGCCUCGGCCUCGGCCCGCAGCCAGCCGGCAGCGGCUUGAUCCCUGGUGGUUUGUAUCACCCAGCAAUGCCAAGGGUGAAUCUUCUGCCAACAGUUCAAGUACUGACACUCCAAGUAACCUGGACUCUUGUUUUGCUAGUAGCAGCAGCACUGUAGAAGAGAGACCUGGACUUCCUGCACUGCUUCCUUUCCAGGGGAGUCAUCCUGUAGAGGAGCGGACACUGUUGGACAUAGAUGCUGAGGGACAGAGCCAAGACAGCACCAUUCCGCUAUGCAGAAGUGAACUUAACACACACAAAGCUACAGCAUAUGAACUCAAGCAAGAAUUCUGGUCUUAGUAUGAAAUUCACUUGGGACAGUAAGCCCCUCUAAAUUCAGCUCUACUUUUUGCACUGAGAAUGCACUUUGAAGACAGAUGAGAUAGAUGCUAUGGAGAUUGUAUGGUGCUGCCUCUGCUGAAGAUGUUGUUCAACUGCCUGAUUGUUGUCUGCAGUUGGGUGUAAUUUGGCAACUCAAAGCUGCUGACUUUGCUGUGGGGUUUUUCUGUAGUCUUCCCUGUCACCUUACUGCAGUUUGUAUCUGCAGUAAGCUAAAAUUAUCAUAUCAAAGUCUUUGUUACUGACCUUGUAGGAUUUGGCACUUGCAGUAAGUAUCUAUCCUGGUACUCAUCAGUAUUUUCAAAACUCAAAUGCUGUAAUACGGCAGAUGCCAGUAUUUAUUUUUCCCCAAAAUUCCAGGAAAGAAACAAGUAAAUAUCUGGAGACUACCUUCUCUGAAAUGUGUAAUUAGAUAGGCCUGGAAAUUGUGGUGCCCCCACUGAAGGAGCAGAAGUAGCGGUCUUACACUUGCUUGCCCUGUUUUGUUCAUGUCCUAGUGUAAGGUGGAACAGAUUGCUGAGAGAGGCCAUGGCAUCUCCAUUGGUGGAGGUCUUGGAAAGAGACUGGAUGGUUGGGAAUGAGUAGGUGUAGUUGGUCCUGGCUUCAAGGCAGAGGGUGAGUGGACUUCAAGAUCUCUUGAGGUCCCUCUCAGCCCUAUUUUUUCAUGACUUUUUGCUUUCAAAAUAGAAUGGGGGUGUUAUGACUACUUACUUCAGCCUGUUUUUUUUUUUGUUUGUUUGUUUCUAGCUGUGGUUCCAUUAGCCUCUUUUUUUUUUCUCCCUCUGUAUCACAGGCUCAUAGUUGAGUUGCCUCAGCUUUGGGAGGGAAAUGGACAGGAACUCUUUAAAGGUGUGUGUUGGCUUGCAGAAGUAAGUUCUGUCCCAUCGUUCUUUCUUCUUCCUGUUUUUCUGCCUUUCUCAUGCUUUUUAGGAGUGGCCCUGUAAACCCAAGAUGGUUCCUGUGCAUGCUGCUACUUGUUCAAGGCUCUUUUGAAAUUGAGACUUGUGUUGUUAGUAGUUGGAUUGUGCAAAUAGGAAUCAGAACAUCUGGAUUCUGUCUUCUUUAGUCACUGACUCACUGUGUGACCUUGGGCAAAUAAUGUAACCUCUCCGUGCCUGAAUUUCCCCAUCUGUAAAUAACAGGGAUAAUACCUACCUCACAAGGGGGGGGUGGGACCUAUGUAGUAUGUUCAAAGUUCUUUGAGAUCUUUGCGUGGAAGGCAGCAUAGGCAUGUAAAACAUUUGUUCAAAUUCGUAGAAGCUCUUACCUGGCCAAGGAAGACCAGGUAAGAAGACCUCCUGUCUUGAAGGAGGAAGUCACACAACUAAUGUGUGCAUAUGCUCAGUUUUCUUCAGAGACUGCAAGUGUGUCUGCGCCCCCAGCGAGUCUGUGUUAUUGGGUUUAAUGAGAGCUUCAUUUGUUCCCAGUUUUGGCAUUAUAAAUAAGGGAUGUGGCCUUUUUAUGUGUGUGUGUUAGGGUAGUCUGCUUUAUUGCAGGGUACAGCUUACCUGUUCACUCUUCUUGUACAGAUCUCUGCUCAUUUUGCUAAUCUACUUACCAUUUGGGUGCAAAUAACUGAUUUGGCAGCGCUGCCAGUGCUGCCUUCCUGUCAGGGAAGCCAGUCCUGUUGUGAAGGCACUGUAGAUGAAUACUUUCUUGCAGCAGCACAGAGGACGUGAGCGUUCAGAUGUUUAUAACCUUAAUGUUAAAAACCAGCAUGUGUGGGGAAAUACUCUCCUUAGUAAUCUUAAUUCAGUAUGAGGGCUAAAAGCAUCGUGUUGCUGUUGGUCAAGUGUACCUUCUUAGCAAGCGUGUUACCAUCGAGGAAAGUCAUGUACUUUUUGUUCAUCACGUUCCACAGAAUUUGUUUAAUGGCUGAAUUUCUUUUUGCUGCCUACUCCACUGAACUCUCCAGAGUUAGCCUUAAUGAUGCUACACUAGCUGCUAAAGCUGGAUAGACUGUUGACUGUGUAGACAAGGUACUCUGGUGUGUGGCAAAGAAACUUAAAAAAGAAAAUAUGAUGUUUCUGGCACUUUUGUUAAAGAUAAACCUUUAGCAUUUUUUAUUUCUUAUUCAUUCAUCCUUUUGUUUUCCAUUUCUAAAACCUCAAUGUGUGGUUUUUGUUCACACAAUUCCUUUGUGAUCCAGGAACUUCAAAAACAAACACCAGCAAAAAGCACCGCACGGGAAGCCCGAUCAGAAGUUGUGUGAAGAGAACGCAAAGCAAGGCAUUAAAACCAUCUAGUUUUCAGUCUCCCUUACCCUUUUUGAAAGUCUGAGACAAAACUGGAUCAGCUGUUCUUUCUAUGCAAGAAGCGUUAUUCCAAAGUUAUGGGAAGCAGCAUCUGCUCUGCAAAGACAUAAUCUAGAACUGCUCUUUUGCGUAGGAAAGUUAAUGAAGUGUCAGAAUCCCUUCUCUCUCGCUUUUAGAUAACCACUUGGUGAAGGUGAUGGGCAGCUAACCGUAGGAGGAUUUUGUGCCGAGGGCAUCUGCCCUAUCACCAAAUGGACAGUAAAGGAACUGCAUGACACCGGUGACAAAGAGUCAUGGAUCCAGAUCAGGGUUUCCGGCUUAGGUAUUCUCUAUUACAAAGUUGCUAGAAAGACAGGGUAGGAACACUGUUUUCUAAAUGCUCCUUAGAUGCAAUUAUCUUAAUUGAAUCUAGCGUGUGAGAUAAAACAAUGUAGACCCUGAGCAUCAACCCCUAAAUAAGCUUUCCAGUUUGGAGCUCUGUGACUUACCUGAGGGUACUGAGCAAGAGGAAUCUGUUGUAAAACAAAGCCGUUUGCUUUAGCAAGUGGUGGGAUAUUUUUUGACAGGCAGAGGGCUCUCAAGGCUAAGAGUUGUCAUGCAUUUUACUGUAUGCAUCCUGAAAGCUGUUGCCACUGGUGCCUUGAGGCACAGGGGCCAUCUGAAUGUUAAAGCUAGCUCAUAACCUUUUCAUUUAUCCAUCUAUCCUGUACUGGUUUGAUUGCUCUCCUGCCUCAAUCUGUUUUCUUCUCCUUCCCAGCUGUAGGUGGUGAGGUGCCCCAAAUCCCCAAAAGAGCUUCACUCUAGUCCACUAUAUACCAAGAAAAUCUGAGCUAGUCAGAAAGCUCACAUACCUUUUUUUAUCUCCUGGCUUUCAUUUACUGGUCAGUGAGACAAAAAUUGCAUUGUUACAUUGAAACGCCUGCUAGCAAAGUUCUUGAAGAAAAUGGUGAAAAUCCUGCUCUAAAAGUAAAGGUGUUUUUUCCUUAAAUAUCUGAGUAAGUUGCACUUUCUGCUGAGAAAAAGAUAACAUGAGAGCACAAAUUUACUUAGCAGUUUAAAACAAUGAUAAAAGAAUGGAGUAAAACGUAUUUGUGUCAUUAUAGAGCUCACAAAGGAGAAAUAACCUCACUACUCUUAGUAUCAGUUACAAAAUGUCGUUGCUGUGAAAUAAAUUUUUCAGAUUUGGAAAUACAUGUUUUCUUUUAAAUACGUGACUGGCAAUAUAGAUACCACUAAUUCAUGUAACUGAUUUAGGAAUUUAGAAUAUGUUUGCCAGCUCUUGAAAAUCCGCUAUCUAGCAGUCUGCCUGUUUCUCCUGUAAAAUUGAGGGGAAAGCACAGACUUAGCAACAGUACAAAAAAAAAAAAAAUUACUUUUUUUUUUAAGUAAAUUUCUACUGGUUUCACAGAAAUUGAAUGUGGGACAGGUAGAGAGAAGAAAGCUUUUGUGUCAAAACUAAAGUGAUAAUGGUUAUGGAUUCUUUGUAAUAUUGUUGCUUCCUAUGGACUGCACAAUGCUCUGUUUCACCAUCAAGUAGAUCUUAUCUCCCUUGAGUCUUUUCUGAGGUGCAGAUGUAACUUUUUAUAGGUGCCCUUUUUCCUUCAGAUUAUUACUGCAGAGGAUUGUUAUUCAGUGUGGGGCAGGAAACCUCAAUGAAAAUAUUCUUUUUGUAAUGGUUUUCUAACAAAAUGAGUAUUUUCAAAGUAAAAUUUUCAUUAGUGAUGUGGAAAGACCUGUUUGGGUUUGGUAUGUUUUUAUGAUGUAUUUUUCUGUACCUCUAGGAAUGGGAGUAGUUGCCUUCCUCUUCAUAGCAUGCUGUUAUCUUAAGACUUAUGGACAAUGCUGCGUAGAGAUGUUACUGGAUGAAACUGGAUACCUCUCAUUCUGCUGAAGGUGAGGCAGUAAUUGUUAAGUAAAGAGAGGUCUUUGCCAUUUGGAGUGCUUUAUUAAAUAGCAUAUGACAGGAAACCUCCUAACUUGAACCACCACCUCUCUUUUAUCUAACUUUUAUUUGAACUUAAUUUCUAUGGAAUGAACAUGGGAUCUGAAGACCCAUUAGAUGUAUGGAACCAAACCUAAUUACUGUGUCCUGGAAUUCAAUGUUGGCUUGUUACCUUUGUAAGUAACUCUAAGCUAGUAUUAAUGUUUAUUUCUUUGGGUUUUUUAAAACUUUUCUUCUUGGAAAAAUAUGCUUAUUACUUUCUAAUGUUUUCUGUGUGUUUUGGAAAUGUUCUUGAAAGCUCUCUAUCAGCUCUAUGGAAAAUAGGAAGGCUUAUCUUGCACAGUGAUAUAGAUCCUUCUUUUAACAUGAAACAAGGGAAUGUUUAGAAAUGAAAAUUUCUGAUCCCUUUUGCUACAGGAUAGUUGUUUUCCUUUGCUUCUAUACUUAAAACUUGCUUAAGGCUAUAAUUUGGGUAAAACUGGAUGCUAACACUGACAGGAGAGGCACAUGUUAAAAUAUAUAUUUGCAAACGAGCAAUAAAUACAGCAUGUGCACAAACAAAACCGAAACAUACUCAUGCUGUCACAGAGGAUAACUUUGACUUCAUAAAUACUUUGGUUCAUUAUAUAAUUAAGGUAUCUUUAAGACAGAAUGCCUUCCUAUGUUUUUCUUUAUAGCUUACUUUGGUAAGAUUAGAAUAAGGUGCUUGGCACAGGCUCUGGUCUUGCAUUUAGCUGGAUGGAAUGGAUUUUUAACCAAAUGCUUAUGUUUUGUAUUUUCAUAUCUAGUCUGUGGCUUAGACUUUCCUAUUUCUUCUGGUUAGCAAGCAAGUCUUAAGAAAAACUUGUUUCUUCAGCUCUGCUUUCACAGUUUCACAAAGCAGUACCAAAAUGCAUUUAUGGCUUACUUUGCUACUCCCAUCUUAUUACAUACACUGGUAGAAUGCUACAUGCUAUAGUUAUAACGUUCAUUUGCUUUUGUUUUUUCUCAUGCUCAGCUUUUUUAAGCAGUAUUACCAUUGGUCAGAGACAAAUACAGCUUCUGAAAUCACCAAUGUCAGCUUUAUUUUUGUAUGUUAAGAACAGUCAUUCCCAACCUCAGAAGAAUGUGCUUGAUUAUAAGGUCAUUUCCCACUGGUGACUGGGUGGUGGGUCUCACAUAGCUAACAGAAUUCUUAUUGUCCCUCUAUAACAAGAAUCUCCUUUUUUUUCCUCAGUAGAAAACACUUCAUCAGUGUCAUGUACAAGAACUCUUUCACCUCUUUCUGUACAUGAGUAAUAGAAUCUUUUUUUCUUUGUUUCCAAAUGACAAGGAGCAUCAUUUUACCUACUGAGUGUGGCUACUUGUGCUGGUCUUUUUAAGUCUGUGAAUUACAUCUGUGCAUUUUAGGUGCAUCUUCUAUUGCUAGGUGCCUUCUAUUUUAUGUGCAUCUUUGCUAGGGCCUUAGGUUGUUUUCUGGAAGGAACUCUUGGUUGUAGCUUUCAGUACUGUAGUUUUCUUCAUUGUACAUCAGGCCAAACACCAGUGAUACAAACAUUUAAUGUCCUUCAAUUUGCUGACUUGCAUAUACCCUUGUGGAAACAAGUGUGCUAUUGCUAACUCUCCUUAUCUUUCCAUUAGAAUUCUAAAUACGUGAUUCCAUGGCUGUCUCUAUCCCAUCCUUGUCAGUUAUUUGUUCUUGUUGCCAUAGUAUUUUGGGGCCCAAGACAGAAACCAACAUUACUUUAUCUGUACUUUGACCUAAAACAUUUUCAAGGCAGAGGCAUAAAACAUAAGUGGGGGAAGUGAAAGUAGAGGUUGGCAGAAAAUAACCAAUGCAAGGGUGACAUUUUCUAUCUUAAUGUAGUCAACAGCAGUCAGAGGACAGAGGAUUCUAGCUGCUUGGUAAUCUAUUGGCAUCAUAGUUAAAUUGAGUCCUAAAGAAGGAUUUGAGGAUUGUGUAGUGACUUUGUUUCUGGUUGAUUUGUUUUCUUUUACCCUGAGCUACCUCAUUUAUACAGACAGAAUGGAAAUAAAGGAUAAGUUAUAAGAAUUGCUCUAGAUAAACAGUUGAGGCUAGAGUGGUGAGAGCACCAAGGAAAGCACUUGUUUGGCAUUUUGACAUUCAAAUUCCUUAUGGAAAAAUAAAACCAGGUGUUCAGUUCCAUAAAUUAAGGUUAUACUUUUAUUAUGUAACUCAAAAAUAAACAAUAACAAGGCACAAAGUAUAUUUCCGGAUGGUUUUUGACCUGUGGAAGAGCUGAGUUUCCAAUCUAAAAGGUGAUAAUUUCAUAUUGGUCACUGCUGCUUUUAAAGGUGAAAGUAUGUUUUUUGAGAACAUAUUUUUUUCUAAAUAAUUUCAUGUACUCUUUAAGUGAGCCUAUAUGCAAUCUUGUUUUCCUCAUAUUUACUGUAGUUGUCCUAAUAUCAUAGAGUCAGAGAAUUCUUAGAGUUGGAAGAGACUCUGAAGUCCAUCUAGUCCAAAUCCCCUGAAAUGAACAGGGACAUCCACAGCUAGAUCAGGUUGCGUGCGGAAUAUAUAUGAUCCUAAUGCAGUUCUUAUAUCUGAAUGCUAAUGAUGUGCAGAUUGUCAACUAUAGCUAAUACUAAGAAACUAUGACACAUUUUUAGUGUGUAACAUACUGGAUUUUUCUGCUCAGGUUGAAGCAGGCUACUGUUAGGUCUGUAGCUGAUGGGGUCAGAUGGAUGUGCAUCUAGCAAGUGCGGACCCAGAACAAAUCUGCAGGAGGAAUGCCAAAGUUGCAUUUGCUUAGAGAAGGAUAUUUGAAAGAUGAUAAUGCUGGGGAAAAAUGUCCCUUCAUUAUUCAGAAGUAAUUCUUUAGGAUCUUGUCCAUGCUUGAAUUUUAGCUUACGUGCAGUGAGAGCUCAUGGUUUUUAAUUAAUAAAAAAAAAAAAAAUCACUGAAGCCCAAGCAUAAGACCAAGAUAAAGUGUUUACGUUAUUGAGGAGUGAUUGACACUGUCUUCUUGUCCUACCCUGAUUAUUCCAAUGUAGCAUUUUCUCAAGAAUAGAUGCUGAGUAAAAUUAUCCUUCUUGUCUUGAAGCAGAAGAAGAGGUGUGUGAGUCUGAGAAAGAAGAAUCAUUGUUAUAGCCAUGUCGUAAUGCAUUUCCUUAUCACCCUCUCAGCAGCAGAGGUUAUAGUGGAGCAGGAAGUCAUACCAGUGUUUUUCCAGGCUUCAUUGGUAAGAAUGCUGCUAACAUGAGAUUUCAGUAUAUAAGCAAGUUCUUUGGGAAGCCUUGUAUUUAGCUUCUUGUUAUUGAGUUUCAAAACAAAUGUGUCCUCUGAUUAUUAUCUGGCAUUGCUCAAUUGCACACUUAUCUUCUUGAGUUUAACUACAGUUGGAGAAGAGCUGAACUCUUUCCUUGAGUUCUUGUGGAUGUGGCUACUUUCUGGCUUUGGGGGUAACAUAAGGUGAUGUUUUCUCCUGGUCCCAGUUUGCGUCGCAAAAUGAGUUGUCUCUCCUGAUUAAUUGUCCAGAUAUUCACAGUAGGCUUUUAUUUCUGCCUUACGCGCUUUAGUGAGUGGCUCUUAAAAUGUCAUCAUGGUUAGCAUUUGUGUCUGAAUAGGGCAGCUAAUACCUCUGAGCUGAUUUUUCACGCUGCAUCUCAAGCAGAUGUUAUUGCAUUAGUUCUGCCAUUGCUCUGUUUUCAAGGUUAUGUUGGCAACCAUAACAUCCAGAAAUCCUAGACUAUAAAGAAUAAAGCAGUAGAAAAAAAUAAGAAAACAUACCAAUGCUUACCAAUUGAUCAGCUGAGUUUUGCCAGUGGUUUUUUCAGAGAGUAAAAAACAUUCUUGUGCAGUGUAGGUCUCUGAGAGACAGCUAAAUUCUAAGUGGGGAAUGUACCUGUAUCUGCUUAAUGUCAACAGGCACCAGUGCCUCUCAUAUUUGGCAGUUUUUAUAUAAAACCAUGUAAAGCCAAAAACAUCUAGUAGUAAAAGUUUAUAUGUAGGGUACUGUCUUUUAACUAGGAGGGGAAGAGGCCUCAGUUCAAGAAAGCAUACUUAAACAUCACCGAAACCAAUGGAAUGUAUCUGUGGGGCUAAAUGCUCAAAACCUCAAGUCAACAAAGCUAUUUUGAUCUGAUCUGGGGGGUUGUCUUGUAGAGAUUAAUGGUGAAGUACCAGUCUCCGUAUUUUGUCAGAGGAAGUUCCUUCACAAGCCUUUGGGCAAAUGCAGGCUCGAUUUGCUCUGACUUGUGUGGCCUUUCCAUGCCUGCAUUUGCCAUCCUGUUUCAUCGCUAGUUCUUACCAUAAACAGGGAAAGCUUUGAGAAUAUUUUCUGAUACAGGAGAGCUCGAUAACUUCUGCACUAGCAGAUUGCUGGCUUCAGGGGGGGCAGUAAAUGGUGUUUGGAGGUUGUGUGUACAAAUUUUGAUUUAACCUGAGGUGUUUUCUCAGGUUUUUUCGUUUUAGAAAUGCAUCCUUCCAGGUUAGUGUACAGAUCUGACAGAUUUGGAAGUGAUCAGGGUCUACUGUUAUUGCUAGGGUUCUUGGAUUCUUGCUUGUCAGCUGUUCGCCCAGCACUUUGUGCUGGUAUAUAUGGCUUCUUUGUCAUAAAUUCAGAACAAACUGGAAAUAUUGGAGAUAUUUUGCUUGACUUCAGUUGAGAGGCUUAUAUGGAGUGGGGAGGGGCAGUAGUGGUAGAAAAAUCAGGGAAACUACCUGUGAUUUUAACAGUGUCUCUUCUGUGGCUUUGAAAGUCUGAAUUUCACAGCCAGAGAAUGUAUUCCCUCCCUCUUUUUAUAAGCUACAUCUUUCUUUUUGCCUUAUUAAUUGUGGAUCUGUUCCUGCUUCUGUUUAAAGCCAGUUGCAAAAAAACAGUGACCUGAAUUUCCUAGGUACAGUGUUGUCAAAUCUGAAGAACCAGGUGAGUAGAUGACUCUCGUGUAAGAUCGUACGCCCAUGUCCAUUCUUUUGAGGUAUGGGCUAGUUCCUGCUUCUGUUGAAAUCCCUGUGUGGAUAGUGUUAGGUACUUUGUAAGGAGCUCCAAACUCUGCAGGACUGGGAUUCAUCUGAUGACUUCAGUAUUUCAGUCCAUUUUUGGAGACCUCUGUAUGUCUUCUGUUCAUGGUGUUCAAAAGUCUGCUACUAUGGACGUAGCACCUGAAGGGGUGUUUUGUCCAAAGAACCUGCGUUGAAGCGGUUGCAUUAGCAAAUGGUAAUGUACCCCAGAGUUGAGUAAAAUAACAGAGGCCACCAAGGUUUUUCUUGUUUGUGUGAUGAAAUGUUGUCAAAUGAAGUGAUUUGUUGGAGCCUUCCUUUAACCUCUGUACAGCAGUAAGCUUAGGGGAAAAUAAGAUUGCAUUAUUUUUUAAACAGCUUUAUUUGUGACCUGGCUUUGUUGCCUCUGACCCUCUUGGGCUUAAAUAGUUAAAUUAUAUUAAUGUCCAGUUUGUUUCACUGUAGGUAACACAUCAACUGAAUACUCUUGUGCAUAAUCUACUGUAUCUUUCCUCUGUUCUGUGUCAAUGUAUUAUGUGUAUUUGGAUUACAGUUCUUUUUUAUUGUAUUAAAUUAUUUUAUGUUAUAGAACAAUAUUUAAGCAAAGCAAAGAGCUAAUGAAAGUUGUUGGCGUUUUGGGAUUUUUUUUUCCUCUUUGCUUUUUUUUGGAUGUACUGUAAAUUGUAAACCAAGGAUGCCAAGCAGGCUUGGUUCAAUGGCUAAAAUUAUUGUAUUACAGUGUAAUGCUGAUCUAGGCCUUGUCUCAACACUAGAGCACACAGACUUGAAUAAAACUGUUAUAAAAGUGA